CAAUGUCAAAUAAGGAAGAUAGUAAAGCGCAGAAGCGAAUGAAUGCAUUAAGAAUUAUUUUCCCAAUAAUUUUAUUUUAUCUCGUGGUGUGAUCGUUUAGUAGUGUCUUUAUUAUUGUAUAUAGAAUUAGAAAGCUAAUCUCUAUUGGUACAGAAUCAAGCGUGUAUGCUUAUAAUGAUCGGAUUAAGUUGACGUAACAGUGGCCUAUUCCAAUAACUUGAUUAUUGGAGUAAUGCUGCCACGGGCUCAAGACGCUUUCGUAACAAACUAAUGGCAAAACAUUAAUAGAUUGUAAAGAUGAUGUAUGGUACCAACGGCUCAGAUUUUCCUCCUGUGACGGAGGACACAUUUUGUAAAUAUGUUUUAUACUACGAAAUAAAUAAUUCAAGGGUCCGUAUUUGGGAUUUAAUUAUUUUGAUACCAAACGCAUUGUUUGUGCUUUUCUUAGUGGUAAGAUUUAACAAGGCUCAGUUAAAAUUGCGUGCGACCAGCAGCCCUAUAUUCUUGACGUUUUAUACAUUGGUAUGGGGCAAUGUGAUCAUAAGUCUGGUGCGAUGUGCUGUGUCCAUGACUGUAAAUGCUGCCAUGCCUCUGGGUGGCCUGGUAGACAAGGUUUUGUGGGUCAUGGUGCGAUUUUUUCUGCUCGCAACAGAAAUGAGUGUUGUCAUAUUCGGAUUAGCUUUCGGACAUUUGGAUAGCCGCAGCAGUAUUAGAUAUGUAUUACUGGCAACAUCUCUGUUAUCCCUUGCAUUCACUGUGACUCAAGGUACACUUGAGAUUGUCAUGCCGGAUGACAUGUUUCAUGUGGACACCAGAGAUUAUGACCUGUUUGGGCAUGGUGGGAUGCUGUUCUGGUUUACAUCAUCUUUAGUCUUUGCACUAAUUUACUUCUUAAUAUUGCUACUGCCAUGGAUUCCACUGAGAGAAUAUCUAGCUUUACCAACUAAGCUCUCAUUCUAUUUGUACGUGUUGCUACUGGCGCUGUUGGACACGACGCAGGCCGUCGGCGCGGGACUCCUUGCGUGGGGCAACAUGCAGUCUGGUCUCUGCGUUGUCGACGUCACUACAUGGCUCUACUUCUCCUUAUACACUCCUCUUGUCUACCACACAUUCCUUAGCGAAUUUUUCAGCGUAUCUCAACCGAGCAUCAUGUUCUCGUACAAGGCUCAGAUGGACGAGCCUAUGGACGAAGACCAGGUUUCCUUGCCGCACCAACAGAGCUUCAGUUCUUUGAAAACAGAUUCCGAUUACAUUUAUCAGCAGAGUAAUAGCGUAUACGACAGCACUUUGUUCGAGGCUGGCGGGACCACUCCUAUGAACCCGGUGUACAGCGCGUCUCUACAGAGCCCCGACUCGAUAGCGUCCGGCCAGUCCAUGGAGAUCGGUGUACCCAACUCAGGCUUCCAAAGCCAAAACAUGCCCUCAACAUAACAACAAUCACGACUCCACAAACGCUCGUCAUUGUGUUAUUCAAUUCCACACAUCCAAAGAGAAACAUUAAGUAUAUAUUAUUAGAGUUGCGUAACGAUAGAUAAAGAGAGGAUAUAGCUAGUUGAUAUUAUUUUCUACUUUAAUGAAUCUCAUAGGUAACUCUUUUAUAUUUACCAACACAACAUGUUGUCUUGCGUACCAUUACUUUUGUGAUAAGUAAAGCCAGUGAUCAAAUCGAAUUAUUGAGACUGCAUUUCAUCCCAUUUCUGCUAACUAUUAUACUUACCUAAUUCAUCGUGUAAUGGCUCCAUCCAUAAGAUUUUGACAUUAGAUUAAAGUAAUAGUCGUUAAUGAGUAGAUUUAUUAUAAAAGUUGCUGUGACAGUAGUGACUUGUCUUGUGAUUUUAUAUUUAGUUGCCUUGUUCAGUUUUUCGACAUUGCAAUGAAGGAACUUAAAAAGUUGUAACCAGGUUGGGCGAAUAUUGAUUUAGAUUAUCUAAGCUCUAAAUAAAGUAAUAUAAAUAUAAUUAACACGGAAAUCAUUCUGUAGCACUUGUGAUUGUAAGCUAUUUGGUUAUGAUGACUUCGUCAGAUUUGAAGUAUGGAGAAGAUUGAUUAUUUUGAGUAACAUGGACAAAAUGAUCGGAAAUGACUUACUUUAGUUUGACCAUAUCGUUUAUUAUUAAAGUACAUAAGCGUUACUCAUUAAAUUUAACAUAUCUGAACUAAACAAUUUAUCGACACAAAGCAAUCAUUCGGAACUAAGUAGUGUUCAUUUACAACUUGAUGUGUUGACUGUCCUUAGAUUUAAAUGAACUCUUAUAAUUAACUGCAGUCUGCACCUAUCUUAGUCCUUUUUGUAAUUCUACAGUAUUCAUACUUCAAGUAUUAGAGACGGGCGUCGCCAGGAUUACUUUUAGGGAGGUACAUUUGCUUUUGAGCUCUACAGUAAUCUCCAUCCAUAUCUACCCGUAUCUCAUGUGCUUGUUUUUGGAGCCAUGAACUUUGGCGUUUUGAUAUAUGUAUAAGUUUUUUGUUCCUUAGCAAUACUCACCGUUAUCGACACUUUCCGUCAAUUAGCAACUAUACUUCAAGCGGUGUUCAUGCCUGUAUUACAAAUUAUCGACUAAAAGCCAUCAAUGUAACCUCUAGCAGCUUACUGUCGGCGCCCAGCGUUAGCAAUCUCUUGUAAAAUAUAUUUCUUUUUGUUCUGUGAAUUGUGCUACAGAUGCUUAAUUGUAAGUAAUGAGUUGUAUUUUAAGUGUGAUUGAUAUGUUACGGGUAAAGUCUGUUGAUCCAUAAAUAGUUUGAAGACUAAUUAAUUGCUGCACUCAUUUGCAGACUUUGCCAGUAAUAGAUACCUACAUAUAGGCUUGUUUAUAUGUUAUUGUACUGUGAUGCAUUAAUCUACUUACUUUUGUUACUUUUUAUGAGGAUCAGAGUAAAGAUGCGGUGGAAAUUGGAAUACAAGCAAUGUUUUACAUAGAUUUAAAGAAAGACAAUUAUACAUUUAUUUAUGAUCAUUAUUUGAUGGAUGAUCCUAUUGAUAUUUUUUAUUUCAAUUGUAUCAAUAAUUUAUUAAGAUAGAGUUUUGACUAUAUUAUUAUGUAAGUCCUUGUCAACACCAAUUGCGUUACCAAUACAAUUGUUUUACAUUUCCCACCUCUAAUAAAUUUUACUAUAUUUCAAAAUGGUUUUACUGGAGAGUAAUCGAAUAUAUUUUCCGUAAAAACACUUCUAAGGCACGCUGUAUAUAAGAGCCUGUUAUAUUUUACUUUUUUUUUGUUUGAAAUCUACACUAAUUUUGAUGAAGUGAUUUUACAAUAUACUCAAUCAGAAUAGGUCUACAGUGGGUAUGUCAAUUCUCUUCAACUGUUUAAUUACCACUGAGGACCAAGUCAUUUUUUUCCUUUUAAGUUGUGAUAGUUGCAUGUAAAUUAUAUGAAACCUCAAGUGAUAUUUUGGUUGAUGGCAUAUUUUUUUGUUGUUUUCGUCUCUUAGAAGUUAAAUAAAGUAAAUACUUUUAUUGAAAAAAUGUUUUAUUUAAACCUUUUAGCUUAUUGUAACAAAAUAAACAAUUUCAAUAUUUAUCCAAUUCCUCUAAAAUGAAGGGAUGCUUCAAGCAAUCAUUUACUUGUGCUCUUUGACUAGAAUCUAGCAUUGUCAUCUUAUCAAGUAAAUCUUUGAGCUGUGUUAUUUUCCGUUCUUCAUUCAUAAAUAUACUCUUGUUACAUUUUUUCAGUUCUUGCAGUAAAUCUCUACUGACAUUGAUAUUGCUCAUUUCAACAACUUUUUCUCUGCCAGUGAAUUCAUCUUUUUUAUGAAGAAGAAAGUUGUUAUUAUAAUUAAAAUGUUGGUCUUUGAAUUUCCCUCGCUUUACAAGUUUGCUAGAAAAUCUUCCUUUCAAAUCCAUGAAGCAUUUUAACAUUUUAUUAUUGGAGCUUCCUGUGAAUAGAAUUUUUCCAGUUGCCAUUUCAUAUAUGGUACAUGCUGCCGACCAGAUAUCCACUCCAUGUUUGUAUGGCACACCUAAAAUAAUUUCAGGUGCUCUGUAAAACCUUGAAACUAAAUAGGGGGUAGGCUCAUUGUCUUCACACUUGGAAGCUGAGCCAAAGUCACAUAAUUUCAAUAAAUUCUUCUUUUCAUUUACUAAGAUGUUGUCUGGCUUUAUGUCUGCAUGGAUGAUUCCAAGUUUUUUGAGAAGUCUUAAAGCUAGGAGUAAUUGUCUGCUAUAGCUCAUUAAUGCUUUCAUAUUAAUACCAUUGUGUUUCCCAUAUUUCUUAAUGACUCCUCUUAAGUCCAUGUGGAGCGACUCUAACAAUAAACAAAGGUGGUUUUUAUACAUAAAAUGUCCAAGGAAUUGAACACAGUGGUAUUUGUUGUCAGGAUCUGCCUCUCGUAUUUGCUUUAGAAUUUCUAUUUCUUUCAAACUUGUUUUAUACAUAAGGUCAUUGUUUCUGACAAUUUUUAUAGCUACAUAAUCAUUUCCUUCCAUGUUAUCUUGAGCACGCACCACAUUCGCAAAUACGCCUUGACCCAGAAUGCUUUUUAUGGUGUAUCUAUUGUUUAUUGUAUCUCCAAUACGUAUAUUGUAGUACCCGUCAGCAUCAUCCCAAUUAUCAGUUAAAUUUAAAUUAGUCUCAUCCUCAUUCUGAGUUGCAUUUUUUGUUGCACCUUUAGACUCAAAUUCAUCUUUUUCUGAGAACAUGUCUGUAACUUGCUUUGAAAUAAUUUGAUUGAUUUGAGUGUUAUUAAUACCUUUGGUAUUUUCAGCUUCACUGUAGCUGGCCUUGCUGGUAUCUUCAGUACUUUCAUUGCUUUUCUCAUUUAAAACAUUUAAUUUUUCUAAUAGUUGCUUACGUUGUUGUCUUCUUUGUUGUAUUAUAGUUUCUUCAUCUUCUGACUCCGGUUGUAUAUGUUCCAGUUCUGGAGAAGAUUCAUGAUUAGAUUUUCUUUUCUUGGUAAUUUUAUUAGACCUGGUUUCAUGAUGAACAUGUCUUUUUUUAUUAUUAAUUAUUUCAUAAGCAUAGUCUUCUUUGGAAUGCCUACGUUUUUUGUUGUAAUCAAUGCUUGGUUGAGUGUCAGGAACUUUUACUAUUUUUUUUAGUUCUUGUUUAAGAGAAUCUCGUUUUUUUAACAAUUCCUCCAGUGAAGAAGUACUUUUGGUUGGCAAUGGAGGUGUUUUUGACUCCACAUGAUGAUGUUUUUCAUCUGAAUAUUUAGACCUUCUAGACUUUGAUUUCAUCUCAAUGUUUUUUUCUUUUUGAUAUCUUAAUGAUUUGCUAUGAGAAUGUCUGCUGUAUGUGUCUGUCAUUUCAAAUCCUGUUGAUUUGAGUAGCACUAAUAAACUCUGUAAGAACAGCACCACUUAUCUGUAAAGAUACAAAAUAAUUAUUAAAUAUUACAAUUUAUAGUAGAACUAUGGAAGCCAAUUGUAAUAAUGGUUUGAAGAAGUAUAAAAAAUACAUGUGUGUAUUAAAAGCAUUAGCCUUGUGUCACUUUCAUGAAUGUUGUUCAAAGAGCCUGAGAUUUGGUUUCUGUUAAGAGUGUUUGAAGGAAAUUAUACAACCCUCAUGAAGUUGACUGUUUGCAUAUCUAUCUUAAGUAUUGUUAACUAUAUCUUUGAUUACAUUUCCACCCUGCCACUAUCAUCAGGUCCAACAUUACUCAGUCGUUACUUUUCAUGUUGAUUGGUGACCUCUCAUCUCAUACAUGCCUCCAUCAUAUUACAUUGUCCAGUUAUCAAGUCCAGUGAUCAGUGUCACUUAACACUUCCGUCCAUGAUAAUACUAUUGCAAUGGACUUCAAAUCAUAAUUUCUAUGUGCUAGCUAGAAAAAAUUGUGCUAAUUAGUUGAAAUGAACAAUUAAUACACUUAUACAAUUUUGUAACAAUAGUAGCAUAUAGUUGUUUGUCCCAGUCUUAAUAUAAACAUGUUUAUCCUGGUAAACAUGUAAAUAUUAAGAUAAAUUACAUUCAUUCCAGUAUUCAUAACAUGAUGUCAUUGAGUGAUAGGUAGCAAAAAUUAGGAACUAAAAAUUUAAAUAUGUUUUCUUGUAUUUCACAUAAAGAGUUGGUGUUUGAAUAAUUGAAUAUCAUUAGAAAUAGUUAUAAGUAGUUCAAGAAAUAUGAAUACUGUAAGGCAAGUUGUGUAACAGAGGAAACCGUACAAUGAAUAUAAAUUACAGUGGUUUCUUGAGUUACACAAAUAAUUGUUAGCUUUCACAACGGGAAUGAUUUUAGUUCAUAUUCUCGUCUUCGAUGAUUCAUCAAUCAAUACAUUUACGAUUACAUUUUAUGCCACACUGAAAUAUCUUGCCAUUUAUUACACACAAAUCUUCUUAGUAUUUUAAAUCAAAUUACUUGAACGAAGCUUCACUAAAGUGAUGCCGAUUCUUAGUUCUAUCACGUUAACAACCAAACAUUGCAGUAAAAUUAAAAUAAAAAUAACCAAAAAUUUACAUUUUCACGUAAACACCUCCAUUUGUAAUU